UCCACUGUGAGCAGUGGGAAUGGGAAAAAAAUCCGAGAGGUUUAGCCAUGGAGGAUUGGCUCUUCUACUCCCUCACCUCGCUGCUCUGCCUCGCGUGCUCGCUGCUGCUGCGCGCCCGCGCCUCGGCGGCGAGCCCCAAGGCGGCGGCGGCGGAGGCGGCGCCGCUGCCGCCGGGGCCGAGGACGGUGCCUGUGCUGGGCCCGCUGCUGUUCCUCGCGCGGAGGGACUUCGACGUCGAGCCGACGCUGCGGCGGAUCGCGGCGGAGCACGGGCCGGUGUUCACGUUCGCGCCGCUGGGGCCGUCGCGGCCGACGAUCUUCGUGGCGGCGCGCGGCGCGGCGCACCGCGCGCUGGUGCAGCGCGGGGCGGCGUUCGCGUCGCGCCCCCGCGGCGGCGGCGGCCCGGCGUCCGCGCUGCUCUCCAGCGGCGGCCGGAACGUGAGCUCGGCGCCGUAUGGCCCCACGUGGAGGGCCCUCCGGCGAUGCAUCUCCUCCGGCGUGCUCAACCCGGCCCGCCUCCGCGCGUUCUCCGACGCGCGGCGCUGGGUGCUCGACGUGCUCAUCUCCCACGUCCGCGGCGAGGGCGGUGCGCCGGUGACCGUGAUGGAGCCGUUCCAGUACGCGAUGUUCUGCCUCCUGGUGUACAUGUGCUUCGGCGACCGCCCCGGCGACGCGCGGGUGAGGGAGAUCGAGGCGCUGCAGCGCGACCUCCUCGGCAACUUCCUCAGCUUCCAGGUCUUCGCCUUCCUCCCGCCGAUCACCAAGCUCGUGUUCCGGGAGCGGUGGAACAAGCUGGUGUCGCUGCGGCGGCGGCAGGAGGAGCUCUUCGUCCCGCUCAUACGCGCCAGGAGGGAGGCCGGCGCCGGCGGCGACUGCUACGUGGACUCCCUCGUGAACCUCACCAUCCCGGAGGACGGCGGGCGGGGGCUCACCGACGGCGAGAUUGUCAGCCUCUGCUCCGAGUUCAUGAGCGCCGGCACCGACACCACGGCCACCGCGUUGCAGUGGAUACUGGCCAACCUCGUCAAGAACCCGGCGAUGCAGGACAGGCUCAGGGAGGAGAUCGCCGCCGCCGUGGGCAGCGACGGCGAGGUGCGGGAGGAGGAUCUCCAGGCGAUGCCGUACCUCAAGGCGGUGGUGCUGGAAGGUCUCCGGCGACAUCCACCCGGCCACUACGUGCUCCCGCACGCCGUGGAAGACGAGACGACGCUGGACGGGUACCGCGUGCCGGCGAACACGCCGAUGAACUUCGCGGUGGGCGAGAUCGGGCUCGACGGCGAGGUGUGGGCCUCGCCGGAGGUGUUCCGGCCGGAGCGGUUCCUCCCCGGCGGCGAGGGCGAGGACGUGGACCUCACCGGCAGCAAGGAGAUCAAGAUGAUGCCGUUCGGCGCCGGGCGGAGGGUGUGCCCCGGCAUGGCGCUGGCGCUGCUCCACCUCGAGUACUUCGUCGCCAACCUCGUCUGGGAGUUCGACUGGCGCGAGGUCGCCGGCGAUGAGGUCGACCUCACCGAGAAGCUCGAGUUCACCGUCGUCAUGAAGCGGCCGCUCAAGGCGACCGCCGUGCCGCUGCGCGGCGACCGAUCGGCCGCCGUCGAGUGAACAAAGGCCUCAACGACGGCGACGGCGGCCGGCGUUUUCUCUGAAUGUUGUAGCAUGGCAAUUAGGAAGAGAACAAGAGUAGGUCAUGGCUUCUCUUUGCUAAUCAUGCUACUAAUUACUUCCUCCGUUUUACAAUGUAAGUCAUUCUGGCAUUUCUCAUAUUCAUAUUGAUGCUAACGAAUCUAGACAUAUAUAUCUAUCUAGAUUCAUUAACAUUAAUAUGAAUAUGGGAAAUGUUAGAAUGACUUACAUUGUGAAACUGGAGGAAGUAGCAAUUAAAAAUGGUGAUUAGAUUUAAGUUCCUCUUGUUCUUUUGGGGUAUUAGUAGACUGAACUAAUGCUGUGCUAGUGCCUAUAUGUACAAAUUACUAUGGGGAGAACAGUUUGGUACUUCUUUCUCAUAAUCUUGUACUUUGUUGAGCUUAAUUACUUAAUUGCUAAUAGCAAUCUGGUUGUGUUGUUGAGCUUA